CCGGCCCCGCGGGGCGGCGCGGUUCCGCCAUGGCGGCGGUGCCGGUUUUGCUGCCGCUCUCGUUGCUCGCGUUGCUCGGCGGCUCCGCCGCUUAUUUCCCCGAGGAGCGAUGGAGGCCCGAAUCGCCGCUCCGAGCCCCGCGCGUCACCGUGGCCAUCGUGGCCAGGAACGCGGAGCACGCGUUGCCGGCUGUGCUGGGGGGGUUGGAGAGGUUGAGGCACCCGAAGGAGAGAACGGCGCUGUGGGUGGCGGUGGACCACAGCGAGGACAACACGACGGCGCUGCUGCGCGAGUGGCUGGUGAGGGUGCAGGGUCUGUACCACCGUGUGGAGUGGAGACCCAUGGAGGAACCACGCUCCUACCCCGAUGAGGAAGGCCCCAAGCACUGGUCCAGCUCCCGCUAUGAACACGUGAUGAAGCUGAGGCAGGCGGCCCUGCAGUCGGCGCGGGACAUGUGGGCCGAUUACCUGCUGUUCCUGGAUGCUGACAACAUCCUGACCAACCCCGACACGCUGGGGCUGCUGAUGGCGGAGAACAAAACGGUGGUGGCUCCCAUGCUGGAUUCCCGUGCUGCCUAUUCCAACUUCUGGUGUGGGAUGACGGCUCAGGGUUACUACAAACGCACCCCCGCCUACCUGCCCAUCCGCAAGCGGGAGCGGCGCGGCUGCUUUGCGGUGCCCAUGGUGCAUUCCACCUUCCUGCUGGACCUCAGGAAGGAGGCGGCGCAGCGCCUCGCCUUCUACCCCCCCUCACCCCGACUACACUGGCCCUUCGACGACAUCAUCGUCUUCUCCUUCUCCUGCAAGCAGGCAGGUGAGGUGCAGAUGUUUGUGUGCAACAAGGAGCCCUAUGGAUUCCUGCCGGUGCCGCUGCGCUCGCACAGCACGCUGCAGGACGAGAGGGAGAGCUUCAUGCACGUCCUGCUGGAGAUCAUGGUGAAGAACCCUCCCUGCAGCCCCUCGCGGUACCUCUCCAUCCCACCCAAAAGCCCCGACAAGAUGGGCUUCGAUGAGGUGUUCAUGAUCAACCUGAGGCGCCGCGCCGACCGCAGGGAGCGCAUGCUGCGCACGCUGCACGAGCAGGAGAUCGCCUGCAAGCUGGUGGAGGCGGUGGAUGGGAAGUGA